AGCAGCGGGAGCUGCCCAGGGAAGGAACGCACAGCGCAGCUGGAAGAGCAGCGGAGCUGCUCCAGGCGGCGGCGGCGGAGGCGGCGGAGGCGGCGGGGGGCAAGGAGCCCGAGCCCCUUCCCCUUUCCCUCCCCGAGGCAAAAGAGCCGCUCGCCCGCGUCCUGCCUCCUCCGCCGCCCGCGUUCCGGAGCUGAGCGCGGCGCGCUGCGAGAGGAGGCGCGGUGGGCUGCGCUGGGCCAGCACGAGAGGACCUGCUCCGCUGCUGGCGGGGCCGCCUGGAUGCCAGAGGCGUCUCGGGAGCCGGCGGCCGAAGGUGUGCGGCGGCGGCGGGAGGAAGAAGGAGGACGAGGGGGCGGAGGAGGAGCGGCGGCGGCGGCAGCGGAGGGCGGCGACCCCGGGCACGGAUCGGGGACGUCGUGGCCCCCGCGCCCCGGACAUGGCCUCCAACUUUAACGACAUAGUCAAGCAAGGCUACGUGAAAAUCCGCAGCAGGAAGCUCGGGAUUUUCAGAAGAUGCUGGUUAGUUUUCAAGAAAGCUUCCAGUAAAGGACCUAGAAGGCUAGAAAAAUUUCCAGAUGAAAAAGCAGCAUAUUUCAGAAAUUUUCACAAGGUAACUGAACUGCACAACAUCAAAAACAUAACCAGACUGCCUCGAGAGACAAAGAAGCAUGCAGUAGCAAUUAUCUUUCAUGAUGAGACGUCAAAGACAUUUGCCUGUGAGUCAGAGCUUGAGGCAGAAGAGUGGUGCAAGCAUCUUUGUAUAGAAUGUCUAGGAACCAGACUUAAUGAUAUCAGCCUUGGUGAGCCUGAUCUACUUGCUGCAGGAGUUCAGAGAGAGCAAAAUGAGCGGUUCAACGUAUACCUGAUGCCUACACCAAAUUUAGAUAUCUACGGGGAAUGUACAAUGCAGAUCACACAUGAAAACAUCUAUCUCUGGGACAUCCACAAUGCUAAGGUGAAGCUAGUUAUGUGGCCCCUCAGUUCUCUGCGAAGAUACGGGCGUGACUCAACAUGGUUCACCUUCGAAUCUGGAAGGAUGUGUGACACGGGAGAAGGGCUGUUCACCUUUCAGACAAGGGAAGGCGAGAUGAUCUAUCAGAAGGUCCAUUCUGCAACACUGGCAAUAGCUGAGCAGCAUGAAAGAUUGAUGAUGGAGAUGGAACAAAAAGCACGGCUUCAGACCAAUUUGACUGAACCAAUGACAUUACCCAAGUCAAUCUCACUUCCUCGUAGCGCAUACUGGCAUCACAUCACUCGACAGAACAGCAUGGGAGAAAUCUACAGUUUACAAGGUCACAGCCUCGGCUCAAUGAAGGUGGCUCGUGCACAGACAUUUCCCAGCUACACCUCAGAGCAGGGUGAGGAGCAUGAGCCGCACCUGUCCCUGUCUAGCAGCUAUGGAUUCAGCUACAGCUCAGGCCUCAUCCAAUGACACAUGUCUUGUGUCUGAGCAGAAAGACAGUCUAGUGUGGAACCUGCCUGCAGUUCCUGGAAGCCACGUCCUUUCAUAUGUGUUCAGAGAAGACAAUCCAUAGUAAAACAAAGGACAUAAGUCUCCAGGCUGGCAACAGUGAAGGUGAAAGCUUGGAUCACUGCUUCCCCAAGGCAGAAUCUAAGUCUCUUAUUUAUUUAAAUUUUAAUAUUUGAUUUUGACCAUUUUUUAAAGGAGAAAUAAAAAAAGAAUUCCCCCUGAUGCUGUGCAGAUUUCUCCACAACCUAACCCACAAUCUGCUGUGGGAGGUUGAGCAUAAUAUUGCAUUUUCAGUGUGAGGCUAGUCAAGUUUGAUCAUCCACGGCAGUAACCACCUUUAUGUCCAAAGCAUCAACCUUCCAGCUGGGCUCCUUCUUACAGAAAUGUUAGCAGAUGAAAAAAGCUGUAAAAUGCACUCUGGAAGGACAGUUGCAAUCCUAUCACCAGUUAUGCACAGUUUAGCCCCAUUGGUCUCAAGUGGAAAUUAUGCAUGAAUAACUUUAGGACUGUAGGCUAGAACUACAGUUCUGAGAAAGACUUGUUGACUAUCUGAUUCUCAUCACUACAGUUAAUAUACAAGAUAGAUACAUAGAUAGAUACUGUCAAUGGGAUGGCAUGGCAAUGCUUAGUAGCCUUGCAGAAAUUAGAUUGUUUUGUGUAUAAAGAAGUCAUUUGCCUAGAAUAUUCCCCACACUGGAUUUGUAUGCCCAGAUUCUGCUCUUAUUUGCAUUCUGCACCUAAAAAUUCACAGCCUCCCAUUGGGAACAGUGAUCAUGAAUUUCAAGGGAAGACUGUGCCUUAAGGCAUUGUCAAAGUCUUCCCAUUGUAGAUAAUACUUAAAUUGUGAAGUCUGAAUUUAUACUCAGUAUACUUCUAACUUUGUAUACUGCAUAGGUGAGAAUUGAUGCCACAUUGCUGGAUGGAAGACUCAUGGGCCAUAGUCUUAUAGAACAAGAUGCUUGACUGGUAGAAUAAGUAUAUUUCCAAAUUCAGCUCUUAUUGUUGGUCUAGUAGCUAACAAUAUGGAUCUGUUUUUGUCAAUGAUUUGUUUGUUUGUUUGUUUGUUCUGGGUUUCUUUUCCCAAUGUCUAAUGAAGCUACAUCUUAGAUCUUAUGUACAGCCAUAGAUGAGUCCCAAUUAAAUUUCACAUUAAUAUAUCUCCUUGUUCUGUUGACCUUCUAACAGACCUCUUACAAAAGACAACCACAUGAAUCUGAGUUGUACACAGCUGAUACUUGAAUCCUGUUGAACUCUUAUUGGCUCAUGGUGCCAAAGGGUUGUAGUUCUUUCCCAAAGCCGAACAGAAA